AUGGCUCGACGCAGGAGAGUCUAUGCAUCUGUAUCCGAGGAAUGGCAACAAGUCCUACAGAAGAGGAACUUUAGCCACCUCAAGCUUCAUCCAAGUUGUCUUGUGUUUCUGGACCAGCUUUCUGAAGAAGCAACGCCGCAGAUUGAUCACAUUUGGCUAAACAUAGAGCUCACAACCUACACUUGUAGAGCUUGCCGAAAGUGGGAGUCACUGACACAGUCCUAUUCGAACAACGGUAUCAUAGUCGCAGCAGUCUCCAGAUUGUUCUCCAUCCUCACUAAGUGGACCCACGAAGGACGACGUCUGACGUUGGAGCUGAACGCCUAUUCCCCAAGCGACUCGGAGCAUUGGUUCAAAGACUGUUAUUUCGGUGCUCCUGCCGAAGAUAAGUUCGAGGUUCCCGCCAAGCGGAGGGACUUUCUUGACCUGUUUCAACUUGAUCGAGGGCCUGACGUGCAAUAUAAUCCGGAACGGGUUCGUCAACCGAGUACAGGUGUGGGAGCUGCAUUCGCUAGACGCCGAGAGCUAGGGCACAUUUCAAUCUCAUUUCUUGUCGAUGCUCGCCAUUUCUUUGAUGCGUGUGGACUGCGGCGAUGGGACAAGUUGAAGUCUCUCACUUUGACCUCCCGAACGAUGUGCAAGAAUGAGCCCGACAGGACCGAUGACCUCUUGAUGGUGGCAGUACACGCUUCACAAAGGAUGCCUAACCUCGAAACGAUGACCCUAUGGAACGAGUCUAAAGGAGAGGCUUGUUAUUUCACCUACUUUCGACGAGAUGGAUAUGCGUCAAUUAUCUGGCGAGGAACAUGGGAGAUGGCGUUGAGUCAGAUACUUGAGGGUUAG